UUCUCCCAUCAAAGUUAUCCACAAUCAGUUGUAUUUCAAGCUCCAGCAAAGCUAGUCAAAUUUCCUUAUAAUAUUUUGCUUUUCAAAAUGUCUGACGAGGGAUCUGAAGAAUUCAAAGAGCUCGAAAGCUGUGAGUUUGACCAAAACAACAGUGCCGAUGAUAACACAGCCGUGGUGCCUCUGGAUACCUCGGAGGAUGCCCAGUUCUCCGAGCAGAUGUUUUCCAGCAUCCAGGAGCGACUGACCCGCAUCAUGAAACGCGUCAGUCUGGCCAAUUCCGCCAUGGCCCAGAUGAAGAGGAAGCUCAAGACCAGGAUUUCAGCUCCAAACGUGGUCGAGAAUGCCGACAAGCUGGCAGGAGGCGAUAACCCACUAAGACUUGAUAACAUUGAACCAGGCCACGAAGGCGUAAACGAAUGACUUAAAAACAAUGUUCUGAUUUCUAAAAAUUGUUCAUGUACUUAUGUAAAUCAGUGUCCCAAGAUAACACGUGUUCUCAUCGCUAAUUAUUUAAAUAUCAAUUAGCAAAAACCCAAAGUGGUUUUUCUAAUUGGUAAAUAAAUACUGCAUGUAGCCCAAGUCACUUUA